AUGCAUGAUUAUUUUCAAGGUUGGACCGUGGACGUCGAUUGGCCGAAUGCCCAAUCAGAAGUAAUCCCAGCCUGGUUCCACAUCUGUCCGGAGAGCUGUAUAGACGUAUCUUUUAAGAUCUUGCUCGAUUCGGCCGCUGUACCGGUUCAUCACCCGGACCUGGUCAUCACGACGAUGAGCCAAUAUAUUGGCGGAGCCUCAGACCCUAUGUGGGCUGUCGAUUAA